GACUCAGAAACAUAUAUGAAGACCUCGGGCGGGAUAAAGGGACCAGCAACCUCAGAUAAUUAGGAGUCAUCUCUCCCCCCGUUCAGGACACGUACGAUAUAAAUCAACAUGACCGACACCAUCCUCACUAUCCCCGACACGCUGCGCAACUGGCCCUGGCCGCGGCACUGCAACCCGCACUACGCAGAGUGCAAAAUUGAGUCGGCCAAGUGGUGCGAGGAGUUCCACGCGUUCAGCCCCAAGGCGCAGAAGGCGUUCAACCUCUGCGACUUCAACCUGCUCGCGUCGCUGGCGUUCUCGCUCCUGGACAAGGAGGGCUGCCGCGUCGGGUGCGACCUGAUGAACCUCUUCUUCGUGAUCGACGAGCACACGGAUGUCGCGGAUAUCGAGACAGCAAGGGCGCAGGCUGACACCGUCAUGGACGCCCUCCGGAACCCACACAAACCUCGCCCGCAGGGCGAGUGGAUCGGCGGCGAGGUAGCAAGACAGUUCUGGGCCAACGCAAUAAAACACGCCACCCCGACCGCGCAGGCGCGCUUCGUGCGGACGUUCGACGCGUACAUGGACUCGGUCGUGCAGCAGGCGGCUGACCGGUGCGACAAUUUCGUGCGCGACAUCGCGGGAUACUUCGCCGUGCGCCGCGACACGAUCGGCGCGAAGCCGAGCUUCGCGGUGAACGAGCUGUAUCUGAACAUCCCGGAGGAGGUGAUGCGGCACCCGGUGAUCGAGAAGCUGAGCGAGCUGUGCAUCGAUAUGCUGAUCGUCGGGAACGAUCUGUGCUCGUGGAACGUCGAGCAGGCACGCGGCGACGACGGGCACAACCUCGUGACGGUCGUGAUGCGCCAGUUCCACAUGGACGCGCAGGAGGCGAUGGACUACAUCGGCGCGCUGCACGACGAGCUCGUCGACGAGUUCCUGCAGACGUGGCACGCCAUCCCCACCUUCGGCGGCCCGCUCGACCGCGAGGUGCGCAUCUACUGCGACGGGCUGGGCAACUGGGUGCGCGGGAACGACGCGUGGAGCUUCGAGAGCCAGCGGUAUUUCGGGCUGCAGGGCCCCGAGAUCGAGCGCACGCGCAAGUUCCGCCUGCUGGACAAGGUGCCGAUGGCCCCGACGCUAUAGACGUGUCGUAUGAUACUACCGCCUUAGCAGUAUCUACUAUGUAUAUGCCCGCUAUGAGUGCAGCAUAAAAUGGGAUAAUGGGAUUGGAGCGGGCCUUGGAAUAUAUUAUAUCUUGCCAUUUUC